AUGAAGAGCUCGACGAUCUUCUUCUCUGGUGUUGUUCCUCCUUCUCUACGUGUCAGAUCGGUUCUCACUCCAGCCACCGAACGAGGUUCCAUGGCGACGUCCUCUAACGCUGCUAUUCAUUGUGGAUUGGUUUAUAAAGUAUUGAUUUUGAAACAGAUUUUGAAGGAAAUUGGACAAGACUUGUCGGGUUUCAACUGUGGUCUUGCUCAUUACAACACACAUCCUGAUGUUCAGGCUGAUACUGAGACUUUCCUGAACAGGAUUGUUCCUGAGGGGAGUUCAGCUCCUUGGAGGCAUACCAUGGAAGGUCCAGAUGACAUGCCAGCUCAUAUCAAAUCAUCAAUGUUUGGGUGUCAACUCACAAUCCCAAUAACAAAAGGCAAGCUUAACAUGGGAACUUGGCAGGGAAUAUGGAUAUGUGAACACCGUGAUGAUCCAACAGCACGCAGAGUUGUGGUCACCCUCAACGGUAUCUAA